CUGAAGAAAUCAAUGAACAGUGGGCCCUCGGCACUUCUUCUGAGUCAGUCGAACUCUGUCGACAUGAACCAUACCCAAGUUUUUCGGGUCGGGCGUAUUUAUGUGGCUGGCUGAGACUAUCUGGAAGGUCGGGCUUGCUUCGAUAGCUAGUGAGCAUUCUGCUGAAGGGAUCUGCAGUAGUUGUCACACAACGCAUGACUCGUCUACCUUGAGAGCGUGAGGAAUUGGGUCAAUGUCUCCAUGAAUUUAGGUGACUGGUCACUCAGACUGGGGACAAAUUUGAAGUGGGCCGAGAGAACCGCAUGCGGUCUACGGAGUAAAAUAGCGUCGUAACCUCAGCUCAAGCAAGAUGAUGACAACCAAGUGGAGUCGAGAACGACUCAGGACCGUAUGUCUGCGGCACUGUCCUUAUAAACCUUAACUCAUAUGGUUCAGCUCUGAUGGCGAGCUAAUCUGGGGUGAAAUAACCGACAGAGGUCAAUUGGACCGGACUAGCCUGACUUAUCAGAUGUGAGGUAUAAAUAAUUGGCACGUUUCCGGCCACGAGACGCUGAUCAGGUCCUUCCAAAUUGUUCGAGCCAAGAAUGGAGCCUUCCCCGUUCAAUAUCACUGAACAUGUUGUUGAUUGCCAGCAUAUUCGAGAGUAUGCUCGUGCAACUCGAAGUACAAAUGAUGCACUAAAGCUUGCGGUCAAACAAUACACACCAAAGUCGAAUCCAAAUCCUCAACCCGGUGAUGUGACUAUCAUUGGAGCAACUUCUGUUGGAUCCCCUAAGGAACUAAAGGAGCCGCUAUGGGAGGAGGUGUACGAAAGGCUAGGACGCCAAGGACUUCGAAUCCGCUCUAUUUGGAUCACAGAUUCAGCCCACCAAGCUGCGAGCGCGGCCAUUAAUGCGGAACAUCUAGGGUUUGAGCCAUCAUGGUUCGACCACAGCCGAGACCUGCUUUAUAUGAUUAAUAAGUUCAAGGCUGAAAUGCCGAAACCUAUUAUUGGAGUCGGACACAGCAUCGGAGUUGGCCAACUAUUGGGCCUAUCCCUGAUUCACCCCCGGCUUUUUACUUCCCUCGUCCUUAUAGAACCGGUGAUAUCAAAGGAUUUCAAUUCCGGAAGAGGGUCAAGCUUUGCGAAAUCAGCUCUGAUCAAAAAGGAUACAUGGAAGUCCCGCUCUGAAGCAGAUUCCUAUUUCAGAAAAGCACUUAAAGGAUGGGACUCCCGAUGUCUUGAUCUAUGGUUCAAAUAUGGCCUCCGAGACUUAGAUUUCCAGGCCGAUUCAGCCGGAACCGGUAACCCCGAGUCCGCGGUCGGUCUGGCCACCACCAAAGACCAAGAGAUCGCACAGAGCUUACGCCCCAACUUCGUCGACCUGCAGCCCUUGAACAUGGACGGCAACAAACAUCCAGAUUACUUACGAGAUCCCACAUUCUAUGUCGAUGUCACCGGCCAAUCAAAAACUCUGCCAUUCUACCGCUAUGAACCCAUCUUGUUGUGGAGACUACUCAAAUAUGUCCGGCCAUCGGUAUUAUGGAUCUAUGGCGGAAAGAGUAUCAUGGCGACACCGGAUCAACGAGCAGAGAAGCUACAGCGGACUGGCACAGGGGUUGGGGGCAGUGGUGGAUACAAGAACGGCCGCGUCAAGGAGAGAGUGAUACCCGAAGGUGGACACUUCGUUCCGUUCGAGGAUGUGGCAGGAGUUGCUGAACCUGCUUCUGAAUGGAUAGAACAUGAGAUAGCCAGAUGGAAAGAAGAAGAAGACCGGAUCCAGAAGGGCUGGCUGGAACUCACUGCUAAAGAGAGAUCUUCUAUCCCAAACGAGUGGCUGGCGCAAAUGGACAAAUACUUCAUGAAAGGGAAGGCGGGCAAGACGAAAGUAAGGGCAAAGCUAUGAGCAUUGGAUUAAUGAAAAGAAGUGCGGGCACCAAAAUCAUUCAGUGUGCCUUGUAGUAUUUGCGAGGCAAUUCUUAUCAUGUCGUUGUAUGGGGGAUUUGUACAUAGGAUCUAGACGGACCUUGCCUGAGUGGACUACUACCUUCGAUAGACGUGCCUAUUACCGAAUAUUGAUCCAAGCUGAUUACCCACAUAAAAC